GUCUGCAGCUGGAUACUAUUGGCUUGUGUUCAACACAUCGCUCCGCAGAGAUCGUCAGCAUUAAAGUGUUUCUGUAAUUUUAGUGUGAACAAUGUGUGCAAGGACAGCAGAAUACGAGGAGGAACUUUGUGGAGAAAAAGAGGACCACAAGGGACAACGUCAGCUGCUGGAUGCCAUUGGCAGGAUGUGGCCAAGAAUUGUUCUUCACCGAUUAGACAUCAGUGAAGAUGUUUGUCCUGAGCAGCUGGAUGCAGAGCCCUCUCACUUUAAAGAGGAAGAGGAGAGCAGAGAGGUCUCCCACUUAAAAGAGGAAGAAGAACAGCAGGCCCGUUGCAUUAAAAGAGAGGAGGAGCCAGAGCACCCUUGCAUGAAAGAUGGUGAUAGCACAUCAUCAAAUGUUUAUGAUGAUGAGGAUGAAAAGUCUGAUGGUUAUCUGUCAUGUCACACUGACAACAAACCCUGGGGAUGUUCUCGAUGUGGCAAAACGUUUGCUGAUAAGAGUCAUUUGAAAUUACACGUGAGAACUCACACAGGUGAGAAACCUUUUUCCUGUUCAGAUUGUGGCCAAACAUUCUCUCAGAAGGGAAACUUAAAUCGUCAUAAAAGAACCCACACUGGUGAGAAACCGUUUGCCUGUUCAGAUUGUGGCAAAACAUUCUCUCAGAAGGGAAGUCUAAUGACCCACACAAUAACCCACACAGAUAAGAAACCUUUUUCCUGCUCACUUUGUGGCCAAAGUUUCUCAGUGAAGGGAAAUAUAAAAAAACACAUGAGAAUACACACUGGUGAGAAACCUUUUGCCUGUUCAGAUUGUGGCCAAACAUUCUCUCAGAAGGGAACUCUAAUGAACCACACAAGAACCCACACUGGAGAGAAACCGUUUGCCUGUUCAGAUUCUGGCCAAAGAUUCUCUCAGACAACCUUAACGGACCACACAAGAACCCACACCGGUGAGAAACCUCUUGCCUGUUUAGAUUGUGGCCAAAGAUUCUCUCAGAAGGGAAACUUAAAUCGUCAUAAAAGAACCCACACUGGUGAGAAACCGUUUGCCUGUUCAGAUUGUGGCCAAAGAUUCUCUGAGAAGGGAAAUCUAAUAAACCACACAAGAACCCACACAGGUAAGAAACCUUUUUCCUGCUCAGUUUGUGGCCAAAGUUUCUCAGUGAAGGGAAACAUAAAAAGACACAUGAGAAUACACACUGGUGAGAAACCUUUUGCCUGUUCAGAUUGUGGCCAAAGAUUCUCUCUGAAGGGAAGCUUAAAUGAUCACAAAAGAACGCACACAGGUGAGAAACCUUUUUCUUGUUCAGAUUGUGGCCAAAGAUUCUCUCACAAGGGAAGCUUAAAUCGUCAUAAAAGAACCCACACUGGUGCGAAAUCUUUUGCCUGCUCAAUUUGUGGCCAUAGAUUCUCGCGGAAGCAAAUCUUAAAAAGACACACGUCAACCCACAGUGGUGCCAAACCUUUUGCCUGUUCAGAUUGUGGCCGCAAAUUCUCUUCAAAGGGAACUUUAAGAAUACAUGAAACAACCCACACUGGGGAGAAAACCUUUUCGUGCUUAGUUUGUGGCCAAAGAUUUUCUCAAAAGGGAAACUUAAAAUCACACACCAGAACACAUACUGGUGAGAAACCUUUUGCCUGUUCAGAUUGUGGUCAAAGAUUCUCUGAGAAGAAAACCUUAAGAAUUCAUGAAACAACCGACACUGGGGAGAGACCCUUUUCCUGCUUAGUUUGUGGCCAAAGAUUUUCUCAAAAGGGAACUUUAAAAUCACACACCAGAACACACACUGGUGAGAAACCUUUUUCCUGCUCAGUUUGUGGCCAAAAAUUCUCAUGGAAGUCUCAGAUUAAGAAUCAUGAGGGUGAUGAUGAGAUGAACAGUUAAAGAAAUUUUCACCUCCCAUCUGAGCAGGCUUCAUCAGGCUGAUUGUAUUUUAUGUACCUUCUUGAUGAGAUGGUGAUCCUUUCUUUUCCUUGAGUGCAUUAAAAUGUUUUUUUGGGGGGGUUGUCAUAAUGAAUUCGAAAAUCUAGCAUUGUCAUCACCGUUAUAAUACUUUUGGAUUCUUCAUUAUGGUUAGUUUUUAUUUGGCUUUGCGUUGUAGUUUUUUAAUGUAGUCUGUUUGAACUCAUUUUCAGAGGAGGUUGGGUUGUUUGAUUGAGUUCUUCAUUUUUGGAUUCUUUCUUUCUUUAUUUUUACUUUAGCUGUAUAGUCCUUGACAGUACAGCACCACACUACACGUAUCGAGAUAUGUGUUUCAUCAUCUUUUAUUGAAAGCAAUCCUGAAUAAAAUGGGCAUUUUCCAUUUUGUUAUGAAAUAUGUGAUGGAGCC